AUUGAAAAUAAAAAUUUAUAUGCAGACUGAAGGUUUUUUGAAGCAAAUUAUCAAACUCAGAUAAGUGAUAUUAACACAACUCAAGGUUUACACGUUUUUGUGUAAAUGUUAAAUUUUAUUCGGUGUUGUGCAUUAGUUGUGAGGCCUAGUUCCACCAGCAGCAUAAUUUACAGCCGUGCACUAUCCGUACCCAGUCCGCGGGCGGCAACAUUUCUCGCCCAAAUGGCCGAAGCCGUAGAGCAAAAAAUAUCCGAGAACAAAGAGCGGGGAGAGGAGAGACAUCGCCAAAAAAGACAGCAAGAGGACGCUCGAAAGAAUCGCUACAAUGGAAUUGUAAAAAAACGGAAAUGGGAGGAUCCACCCGCAGAUCCGGAAGCGGUGAAAGAUUUUGAUCCGGCUACACGCGUGAAGAAGCGCAAAUGCAUCAUACUGCUCGGUUACUCUGGGGUGGACUAUUUGGGAAUGCAGCGAAAUCCUGGAACUAGAACCAUCGAGGAAGACCUGCUGGUUGCGAUGCUGAAGCACGGUUGGAUAAGUGAUGAAGCCUUCAAGCAGCCCCAGCAGAUUCAAUUCCAGCGCGCUGCUCGAACAGAUAAAGGUGUGUCUGCGGCCACGCAGGUGGUUUCGUUGAAGUUGCCGGAGAAGUUGGACUUGGAUGCUCUGAAUGCAGAUCUACCACCGCAGAUUCGAGUAUUCGCUGUGAAACGUGUGACUAAGGGUUUCAAUUCUAAGUCCAAUUGUGAUGCCCGCACGUAUGCGUAUACUUUGCCAACGAUUGCAUUUGCUUCAAAUGACGAAGAAGUUGAUAUCAAAACGUAUAGACUGCCGGAAGAGCGACUACGAACGGUCAACACGACGCUGAAACUUUACGAAGGAACAAAGAAUUUUCACAAUUUCACGAGCCGAAAGGAGUUUAUUGAUCCUUCGUCAAAACGGUUUAUCAUGUCGUUUGAAUGUGAGGCUCCGUUUGUUCCGGAGGAAACGACAGUUGAAUUUGCCACCAUAAAAAUUAAAGGGCAAAGUUUCAUGCUACAUCAGAUUCGGAAGAUGGUUGGUCUGACCUUGGCGGUGAUUCGUGGCUUAACCCCCGCAGAAACGAUCCUCAAAGCGUUUGAAGAAGUCCGUUACGGCAUUCCAACAGCCCCAGGCUUAGGGCUGGUGCUGAGUCGGAUCCACUAUGAGAAGUACAACGCUCGCUACGGUCAGGAUGGGUGUCACGAGGUUUUAGAUUUUCAGAAGGAGGAUGAGCAAAUUCAGGACUUUUUCCAGAAGCACAUUGCUUCCACUAUUGUGAAAACGGAACUGACAACUAACUCCAUGGUGGAAUGGUUGGAAACGUUGCCACUGCACAGCUACGAACCGCGGAACGAAAGCGAACCAUAUGAGUCAAGCAGUAAGCGAAAAAGUGACGAUACGGAAGUUGAUGAGGAUGAGUAAUUUUACUUCAUCUUGUAUAAACAGUAUCCUAUAGUCUACUACUACAAGGCGACUCAGCGCUAGAGCUUAAGAAAAAUUAUAGAAAACAUUAAAAACGUUUGUCGAAUAAAGUUAUUCAACAAUUGAUUUUUAUUUAUCAAUUCCAUA